CAGCAAUAAUAUCUAAUGGCUGAAGCAACAGCUGCUCGAUUGUAAACAAUAGAAAAACAACAAAACUCAAGGUGUCGCAGUGGAAUUACGUUGCAAACGAAGUGUAUAGAAAGUAGUGCAUUGAAAGUGCAUUUGGCGUGAAGAGAGAUCACGAAAUCGGACGCAUGUGCAGUCUACAUGUCGAGGAGGAAGCCCACUUGGCGGCCAUGGGCGGGAACGGAACACCAAAGCCCAGCCCAAGGCCAAGGCCACACGAAGCUAAAAUCACGCUGUUCGACAUUUGCUGGGAGGACGUGCUCAUACCACACAUGGCGACUUAUCUGUCGCUGAAGGACAUAUUCAAUUUGCGCUGUUGCUCGCAGACGGCGCGAUGCUUUGCCGAGGCUUCGCUGGAAAAGCGUCAAGAGCUAAAUUUGUCCGGGAAUAAUACAAGCAAUAUUGAGCUGGGUUUCAAGGUGGUGGCCCGCUGCUGCCGACGGCUGGAGGUGUUGCAUUUGGCCUGCUGCAAGUGGCUGACAGAUGACCUGCUGCUCCCCUUGCUGACCAACAAUAAGCACCGUCUCUGUGCCGUAAAUCUCAAUGAAUGCGUCAACAUCACGGCCCUCUCGCUGCAGCCGAUUAUAGUGGAGUGCAAGGACUUGCGAAUUCUCAAACUGUCCAAGUGUCAGUGGCUCACUACCGGUGCUGUGGAUGCCUUAACCCUGCAUCAGAGCAAGCUGGUGGAGUUUGACAUAUCUCACUGCGGGGCCAUUGGCGAGCGCUGCCUGAUCAUCUUCUUCCGCAAGCUCAACAAGCUGACUGUCCUGUCGUUGGCCCAUACCCCGAGUGUGACGGAUCAGGUGCUCAUCCAGAUCGGAAACUAUUGCCGGGAGCUAGAGCACAUUAAUUUGAUGGGCUGUGUGGCUAUUUCCGACUAUGGAGUGCAUGCACUGACGAAGACCUGUCCCCGGCUGCAAUCGCUGAUGGUGCAGCGGUGUCCUCUGGUUACCGAGCGGGUUCUGGCACCGUUGCGAGGACGCGUGCACCUGGACCGACCCAGCAUGGGAUACAAUCUGCCAGCCAGCCAGCAUCAUCGGCUGUUCCUGCAGGUCUGAGAUUAUCCACUUCUUAUCCGAACCAUCAAUAACUUUCGAGGCUACUUCCGGCUAGAAGGAGAAUGAAGAUAUUUGCUGUGUAAAUACAUGCCACUGUAUCGGACGCUUUAAUUUACUUUUAGGCUUAAUCUUACAAAAUGUUCACAUUAAUUUAAGCUGUACAAUAAACGUAUUUACUCCUAUACGUACUCUCUAUAAAA